AUGACUGACCACUCCGACAGGAAACGCGCUGCCGCCAUCACUGACGCAGACAUGAGCAAACUCUCCGCCCUGGGUGUCCUCUCCUCAGGUGUCAACUCCUACGCCCCCAACGGAGCUGUUUGGCUCGGCGACAGUGGUGCCUACAAGAGCGAGUUCUCCAACCAGUCGGGCGAGGAUCUGAUCCUGGUCGUCUGGGGCGUCGCUGGUUCGUGGGUCAAUGUUGUUCAACCUCAAAUCACCGCAUCCAUCCCCGCAGGACAAUCCAUCUGGCUUUCGUUCGCCGAUGGUGUGUCCGGUGGCUUCACCGCUGUCUAUGGCGAUACCCAACUUGUCAACGGACAGCUCUCCAAUACCUGGGGUGAAUUUACCUUUGGCCAAUGGGGCGUUGUUGACGUCUCUCGAGAGGUCAAGAUGGACGGCCACAGCCUGAGCAUUGUCGGCCCUUCUUGCACCACUGACAUGAACACCUGCGUCUUUGUCUGCUCCACAGGCAACGUAUGCAUGUAUGACUACCUCCUCGUCAACUGUGAAAACGGAUCGCAACCCGGUGCCAACUACGGUAUCCAUGAGGGUGCCCCCUCUGGCGGCUGCGGCGGCAUGGGCUCCGCUGUCAGCCUCAAGACUACCUUCACAUAA